AUAAUGGUGGAAAAGCCUUAGAAAAAAGACUGUAAUAAUUUCACACAGGCAAGUUCACACAGGAGAGAAACUCUGUGAAUAUAAUGGACGUGGAGAAACCUUCUGUGAGAAGUCAUCUCUCUUGAAAUGUCAUGGAAUCUACAUAGAAAUGAAACAGUAUGAAAGCAAUAAAGUUGAAAAUAGUUCCAGCAGGAUGUCACACUUCACUCAACUUCAGGAAAAUCAGAGAGGAAAGAGCAUAUUCAGAUGUUACGAAUGUGGGAAAACAUUUAUCCACAAGUCAAACCUCACAGUGCAUCAGAGAACACACACAGGUGAGAAACCCUAUGAAUGUACUGAAUGUGGAAAAUCCUUCCAGCAGAAGUCAGCCCACAUAGUCCAUCAGAGAGUUCACACAGGAGAGAAACCCUAUGAAUGUAAUUUAUGUGGAAAGUCCUUCAGUCAUAAAUCAGCGCUCACAGACCAUCAGAGAGCACAUACAGGAGAGAAACCCUACAAAUGUAGUGAAUGUGGGAAGUCUUUUUACCGGAAGUCAUCCCUCACUCAACAUGAGAGAACUCACACAGGGGAAAAACCCUGUGAAUGUAAUGAAUGUGGGAAAGCCUUCUGCCAGAAGUCAGCCCUCAUUCAACAUCAGAGAACUCACACAGGAGAGAAACCCUAUGAAUGUAAUGAAUGUGGGAAAGCCUUCUGCCAGAAGUCAGCCCUCAAUCAACAUCAGAGAACUCACACAGGAGAGAAACCCUUUCAGUGUGAUGAAUGUGGGAAAGUUUUUCAUAUGAAGUCAGCUCUUACUAAACAUCAGAGAACUCACACAGGGGAAAAACCCUAUGAGUGUAAGGAAUGUAAGAAGAAUUUCUGUCAGAAAGCUACCCUCACUAAUCAUCUGAGAACUCACACAGGAGAGAAACCUUAUAAAUGUAGUGAAUGUGGGAAAGCUUUUUGCCAGAGAUCAACCCUUACCAAUCAUCAAGGAAUUCACAUAAGGCAGAAACCCUAUGUGGCAGAAACUGGCUGUGUUUUUCCCAAUACCCAUUUCCUUUUUUUGGUGGGUACACAACUAGUCAAGAUUUUCUAGUCUUCCUUUCACCCACAUGGGGUCAUGUGACCAAGCUCUGGCUCAGAAUAUGGGCCCAAGUGAUAUACAUUAUUUCCAAGCCUGUAAAAGACUGCGUUUGGAAUCUUUCCUACUUCCCACUUUUUUCCCCCCAGUCAGAGGGCAAUGAAGAUCAUUCUCUGGUCAACUUGGGAACUUGGGAGCUAGUCAUUAGAGUUUAUAGAUUCACAAGUUGGGAGAAACUGGGGUCUCUGAAAGGCUUCCUGAGCAGAGUCCUUCCUUCUCUGUCAUCACCCUUAAAUCUUUUCAUGAACAAGAAAUAAACUUGUGUUGAGACGUUC